GAUUGAUCGAUUCGAGCCUCAUAUGAUUCGAGCCCUUUGUUCCUCACCUGCUCGCAAAUUCUUCUUGCAGGGCGCUUCGACUUGGUUAUCACCACAGCCAGCAGCAGCUAUGUCUAGCGGAAACAUCUCAGCUGACCACGAUACCCUCCUUAAACUUCUAACUCUCCCUUUAACGAAGAAACGUCGCAUUUCCGAGUCCGUACGAGAGCUUCAAGGCCCUCUAGAAUCUGAAAGUGCCCCAGGAAAAUGCCUUUUCCCAACACUUCCGCUCGAGCUCCUUGCAGAAAUUUUGAUCCAAACUGAUUCUCCUCGCGAUGUUUUAUCUGUCGCUCGCACAUCCAAGCUUUUAUGCUCGACACUUGUCUGCAAUCCCGCUGCCGACUUCAUCUGGCGCACCAUUCGCAAGAAUUGCUUGCCUUAUCCACUGCCUGAUCCCACACCUAACUUUAGCGAGGCGGCAUAUGCCGCGUUCGUGUACGAUGGAGGGCCUUGUGAUGUGUGUAAGAGAGACACAAAAGAAUUUUAUGCGAGCUUUGCUACACGAAUUCGUUUGUGUCGUGAUUCACGUUGCAAGACGAACAUCAGGAAUCAUCUUACGGAUGUUACCACUAUUUUCAAAGGUCAUGCACGCGACGAGAUAUGGAUUCCCUACGUGGAGUCCACUUGUUGCUUUGAUCCAAGCCUCGACAAUGCAUGGCCCGAGAAUCCCACCAUAUUGAUGAAGAAGUCCGAGUGGGAGCGUUUUCGGGCCGAUUAUGCAGCCUUCUCAGCUUUAUCUCCACCUCCGUCUGAGGCGCUGCGGAAGGCAUGCACCGAUCAAAUUGCGAAAUUUCCGAAGGUCAUGGAAUUUGCAGUUGCGCUACAGAAGUGGAAGUGCACCUAUGUCACCAUGCACCGCACCAUCAAAAGCAAAAACGAAAAGUGGGCGAAGGCACUUGCUGCCCGGGAAGGCUGGAAUGAACAUGAUUUGCUCAACUCUCAAUCCUAUGGUUCAUUGCACAGGCACAAGAAUUACGUGUUGGAAGAAGUCACACUACGUGAUUUCCUUCCAAUGAAGCCCCUUAUCGAAGCCCAACUUCUGAGAAUGCAAACACACCGUCAAAAUCAAGAAAACGAAGCAUCUUACCGUCAGCGUCGCGACGACGUCAAACAAUACUACGAUCGCCUACGGUCCGCUGGAACAGUUGUCCCAACGCUUCAUGAGUUCCGAAAACUUUCGGUUAUGACGACCAUGCAAGGGAGCGUAACGGGUUCAAGGCCCAAUUCCAGUGGCCUCGCAAAAGAUAUGAAGAACUCGGCCCUCAUUGCAGAGCUCGUCGCAGCUGAUUUGAGGACAUGGAUGGCGUCUGCACGGGAAAAACUGUCUGAAUUACUUGGGUUCCCUAAGUGGAGGAGUGCGAGCAAGACGAAGCUGCAUCCACUAGAUAGGAUCACUGCGCGGUUUAGAUGCCAGGGAUGUGGAAAGGUCGCAAAGCGGUAUGAGACAGAACGAUGUCUCGAUUUUGCAGGUGUCUGCGCACAUGAAUGUCCCAGUAAUGAUAAGAAAGACAGGAAACCAGUGGAUUGGAGUGUCGAUCGCUUCAUAAAAGAUGAGAAGGCGUCAAAUGCAGUUGCACGCCUUCUGACGCUCAUCGGAAUCACCGACGAGGAUGCGAACGCAUGCAAUACCGUCAAGAUGCUUGGAGCACACAUUCGGUGUCUUUCUUGCGAACAUGCAUUCAUUGUCAUGGACUUCUCCACCCUCAUUGGUCACGCCCACCGCCAUGAUAACAUGCAGAUGACUAUAGUAUCCAAGGGAGAAGGGCCAGAGCAUGCCUUUGAGGCGGGGUUGUCUGCGAAACUUUUGGAUAUGGGUUUCACGUCACAGAAGUUGAGGAGCGAGGCGAAUUAUCGGUGCCGUCAUUGCGUUCCAACCAGCAAAUCAGCAGAAGCUGGCAUGGAUGGGCAGGGGCAGGUCUCUACUGGGGAAUCUAUUGCGAAGGAGUCACACACGGAGGGGUUCCAAACGGAGAAUCAGAAGAGACGCCAUAGAAACAAGAAGAGCAAGCUCAGGUCAAUGGAUUUCAAUGCGCUUCGCUCGCAUCUGAAGGAAUUACACAGAGUAGAGAUGGUGAGCGACGAGGAUUUCUUCGUACAAACUCCGGCAAAGUAGCAGAGCUAAGGAACUCAGACGAGAGGGACGAUCUAUAUCGCAUCUAUUCAUUUUUGCUUCAAUUUAUUUUAUGUACUAUUAUGAAUUAAUUAGCUGAGUAGUCACUAACAUUUACCGGAUCAAAGGAGCGGCGUCUGUUACGGCAUAAGCGAUGCGGCCGCUCCUGCCUUCAUCGAAAUUUGAUCGUGUUAUCAUACUCGUGUAUCUG